AUGCGUGAUUUUGUGUCUAGUUGGUGGUCAAAGUUGAAUGAUUAUAAUGAUCCUACUUUUGAGAGAUUAGCUAGAGAAAGGCUAAAUAUCGUUGCUCUAAAUGUUCAAAAAAUCCUACUAAACCAAGAAAGAAAUGAUAUCGUCAUGUCUACAGUAUAUGGUGUAGCAAACACUUUGAUUAUACAUAUGAGAGAAUGCAGAGCACUUGAAGAAUCAGAGUUAUCAAUGAAAGAUUUUGUAAAUAGCAACCCUCAAUCGCCUUUUGCGCAAUUGCUUUCAAGGGAAGAACAACACAAUCAAUUAUGCGGAUUGAGUCAAGUUUUCUUAAAGCGUACAUUACCUGCUGCUGAUAGGGAUUCACUCUUAUUGUCAAGCUUGUUAAAAGAGAUUCUUGCUAAUUUUGUCCUUGAAAACAUCGUAAGCAGCAUCAGUAAUCCUGACUUUCUCAAUCGUCAAAUUGUGGACCUCUUGUCAAACAAGGAUACUAAAAACUCAAUUCAAUCCACUGUGUCUUCUAUCGUCUUAAGCAACUCAACAGCGGAGAUUACAAGCGAUGAGGACUUGCUUGGUUAUAGCGUAGUUCAAAAGCCAAUCAUAAAUGACGAUCUUAAUGCAACCAGUAAGAGUGACGGAUUUGAUAUGCAACAGGUAACUCCACCGAGUUCACCUGAAGCGAACAACCCAUUGAAGCCGACACCUAUUAAUACUAGCCCACCCAAGACAGAAACAACCAUGCUGGCAUCUCUUCAAUCUCCUCCUCCUCCUCCAUCCCUACAUGGCCCACCCACAAUGGUUUUCCCCCGUGGUUCUGUCAACUUCACUAUCAUGAACAUAUCUUCACUGCAACAAAACGAUCAAACACCUGAUAAAAAGGAGCUUGUUUAUAUUAUUCAGAUUGAACGGCCAGCCAUGGAAGAUCAGGCGGGAUCUGAAGGCGGAGGUUAUGUGAUCACAAGAACUUAUGCAGACUUUGAGAGCUUUCAUACCAUUCUAUUUGCCAAACAUCCUAAGCGAAUUACUCGAAUUCAACUGAAAUUACCAUUAGAAGCAGCAGCUAAAUCUUGGUUGAAAAAGCCCUCCACACAGCAAAAAAGAAAGGUAUCUUUGGAAGCAGUUGGACAAGGUCUUCAAAAGUAUCUCGACACGGUAGUUCAAGACGAUGAGUUGGGAACAGAGCAGCUUAUCCUGCCUUUCUUAAGAAAAGAGACCAGGUCUGAAAUUGCAGAAGAUGGAGCUGUCAUGUCAUUCUCAGAAGAGUUUCAAAACGAAGUAGCCAGCUCAAUUGCUUUGAUUGAAGCUUCUACUGUGGCUCAGCCAAGUAGAUCAAGAUCUUUAUUUUCUCGGAGCAACAGUACAGCUGCACUAAAUGUACCCUCUACAACAAACAAGACAGAUCAUGCUUCCCCUGAAGAAAGGCAAAGUAUGGAUCAAGACGCCCCCGGUAAAUGGUUUGCACCAAGAACAAAACCCAGACAAGGUUCUUUCUCAAGCACACAUAGUAACUUGUCAAAAGACAGCGCCGUUACAGUGACCAAAGAAGAUCAUGAUGAGCCUAAUGAAAGACUUUCAAACUCAACAUCAUCUCUUGGUUCGCAACAAGAAGCGGAAGAAACAACCAAGCCAACCAAUAAGGCCCUAUCGUCCAUGGAUGUCGAACUCUUAAUUGAGACCACCUAUGCACUUGUUGUAGAAAUCUUCAAUCUCACUACUUCUAAUAACAAGGCAUGGAUGCGAAGAUCUAUUCUAAACUUGUUACGAGAAAUCGUGCGUCGAUCAUAUACCGAGUUCAUUUCUGAACAAUACAGUGAUUUUGUAAAUCAAUACAUGUCUCCCAAUGCUAUUGUAAGCAGAUUAAAUCAAUUGGGAGAGCAGCUUUGGCCUGAAGGUAAAUGGAUGUUGGAUCAAAAAGAACAAACAAAGCGAACACAAGAAGACAAGGAAAAGAGCAAAUAUCAGGCUCGAACGCUAAUGAUGCGUGAAUUGAUUCCAAAUGCUGUCAGACAGUUAAUUGGUGAACAGAAUUGCAACACUGCCAUGGAUAGAAUGUGGGCACGAAUUCAAGACCCUGAUUUAAAUAGAGUUCUUAUUCUACAAGUUUUGGAAAGAAUUAUAAAACCAAUUUUGGGCUAA